AUACAAGUCACAUUCCAGAUAAAGAUCACUAUGAGAACAUAUCUACAAGUAUUGGAUGUUGCGAAAAAAUACUUGUCCUUCACUCUAGUUAAUAUCGCUUACAAUAACAACAAUAUUCCCCUAAUACUGAACAAACUGAUAAAGUUAAAGGAGGAAGGUUCCUGUGUCUAAUGCACGUAAUUCUCGAAAAUAAAGCUGCAUUGAGUUAGAAAGCUAAGAUUUUCGACUACUUAAUGUCUCCCGACCCUGGGAUUCCCUGCGAUUUCUUACGUGAUCGUACCAAAUCGCUAUAUGCGCAGGUUGGCGUGCUUUCUGUUUUCCGGUUGUCAGGGGUGGAGCCAGCAGACUUUUCACGCAUCUUUUCUGAUUUCUACGCCGAUCAGUCUUCUUACAUCCCUCGUUUACGUCGGGCUGGCUUUUUAAACGAGUUCCGCAUUCCCAAACCCUCCCAGAAAAUUAUCGCUAUAUAAACGGGCUGAUGCAACGAUUUCCACUUUUUAAAAUCUAUACCCGACCAUCGACUGAGCUGAAGAAGGAAUAUCAAUCGGAUUUAGGACCAAAGUCGGCCGGGUCUGACAUGAUGCCGGGACAGAUCCCAGAUCCCUCGCUGCCGGCCGGCACCCUGCCCAGCCUCGGCUCGCUGGCUGGCAUCCCCGCCACCACGCUGACAGACCAGCUGAAGUUCGCCGACCUCCGCAGCCUGGGUGCCAUGCUGUCGCCGCUGCACUUCCUGGGGAGGCUGGGGAAGAGGCCGGCACCAAUAAAGGCCGAGAUGGAUGAGGAAGAGGAUCGGAGGAAACGAAGGCGGGAGAAGAACAAGGUGGCGGCAGCCCGAUGUCGAAACAAAAAGAAAGAGCGGACGGAGUUUCUGCAAAGGGAGUCGGAGCGGCUGGAGGUGAUGAACUCGGAACUGAAGGCCCAGAUCGAGGAGCUGAAACACGAAAGGCAGCAGCUCAUCGUCAUGCUGAACCGGCACCGGCCCACCUGCAUCGUGAGGACGGACAGCGUCAAGACCCCCGAGAGCGAGGCCAACCCCCUGCUGGAACAGCUGGGCGUGGAGUGAAGGCGGGGCAGGAGGGGAAGGUCGCUUAGCAACUGUUGCCAUGGCGACUGUUUACAACGCAGCUAACAGCCAGCAGCACUUAGCUCUCCUCUCUAGGCCUAAUAGGGUGGAGAGAGGGCACACCUACUAAUGGCUUUGGGAUGGUGAACUUCUCUAAAGGGCGAAGUGAUUGGGAGCUGGAAGCCAUUAGCCGAUUAUAUCUAUUGUCUCUAUCCAGUGCCUCACAGCUCCAGUCAACAUCACUACAAACUAACAAAUGCAAUGAAAAACUACAGUUGGUUGAUGUUGAAGAAACACUCUAAAUCAGUAUGGUAGAUCUGUCUCAGGUACUCAGACAGAGAGGGUAUGUUGUACUUGUUCUAUUUGCCAAUGCAUCGUUCAUGGAAUAAGCAGUUUAAGUAUUUUAUGCUGAAUUAUAUUCUGCCCUUGACGAUGGCAGUGUCCGGUUGACCCGAUUCUGUGGUGACGCAGGCGUCAUAAAAGCACAUUUAUAUGACAUGUUUACAGUUGUGCUGUUUUUGUCAUUGUUGGUAUCAAUUCACUUUGUAUUUUUUUAUGCUGCCACAUUAUGUUAUAGAAAAUAUAUAUUGUAUGUUAUCACUAGAUGUGAUGCAUUUUAUAGUUCUGUUACAAAUGAAUAUAACCUUUUUUUAAACUCGGAAUCAAUGUCUUUGUUAAACUUUUCCAACAUGUAUGUCUUUGUUACUCUGUUACAUAUUAUUAAAUCCUAUUUUCAAAUAGUAAAACCA